AUGAGCGUCAGCAGGGUCAUCGGCGGCGGCGCGCGCUCGGCCGACGAUAAGGUCAUCCAGCACAACGGCCAGGGCGCCGUCUUCAUCGAGGGCUUUUACGCCCAGGACUUCGGCAAGCUCUACCGCUCCUGCGGCACGUGCGGCGGCAAGGACCGCAAGGUCUCGCUCAAGAACGUGCUGGCCGUCAACGGCAAGGUCAGCCUCGUCACCGUCAACAAGAACUGGGGCGACCAGGCCACGCUCGACAACAUCAAGAUCAAGGGCAAGAAGGUCGACGUCUGCGCGUGGUCGCAGGGCUCCAGGUCGGGCGAGCCCAAGAAGCUGGGCGCCGGGCCCUCGGGAUCGCUCUGCUAG